AUGUACACCAUUAUUAUCCCCACAUACAACGAGCGUGAUAAUGUCGAAAUUCUGUGUAUUUUCCUGAAAGAAACCUUUACGCAGCUUAACCUUCCAUAUAGUAUGAUAUUCAUUGAUGAUGCUUCUCCCGAUGGCACAUACGAACUGGUCUGUCAGCUACGCGAUGAAUUUCCAAUUAUGGCUAUCAGAAGGAACCAGAAAUCGGGCCUAGGAAGCGCAUACAAACAUGCGUUGAAGUACUGUGAAAACAGCGAAUUCGUUAUAAUAAUGGAUUCUGAUCUCUCACAGAAUCCUUUUGAUAUACAAAAUCUUAUACAAACGCAACGGAAAUCUAACUAUGAUUUGGUCUACGGCACAAGAUACAACCAGGGUAAUGUUGUUAACUGGCCAUUUCUGAGAAAAGUCAUUUCACGAGGUGCAAACAACCUUGCACAAAUCAUGCUUGGCGUCGAUAUCACCGAUUACACCAAUUCCUUCCGUUUAUACAGAACAAGCUUGCUUAAAACGAUUGUUCCGCUCGUAAAAUCAGAUGGAUUCGCUUUUCAAACGGAGGUAAUAUACCGCGCUGCGGUCCAUGACUUUAAAAUUGGUGAGUAUCCGAUCAUUUUUCACGACAGAUGCACAGGUUCCUCUAAGAUGAAGUUUGUCGAGAUAGUUCUGUACGUCAAGACCCUUCUCAGCCUUAUGGUAUGUAGAGAAAGCUGAAAGUAGUUAAAAUUUGUUUUGAAG